AAUCCAAACUGACCUUAAUUCCUAUAAGUCCAAAAAAAACUUAAUUUCCAAUGCCAAUCCAACGUGGAUGUUUUGAGGUGUAGAGUACAGUAUAGUGUACUACUACUUUCCAUUCAUGAUACAUACAUAUACCCACACAUGACAAUCGAUCUUUGUCCUCUUUGCCUCUUCCUUUUUUAAAACUCAAAAUCUUCUUCACUUUUUCCUUCUCUUCUCUCUCACCAUCCACGUGAAUCCAAACGACGUCGUUUUUUCAGUUCUGAUCAAAAGAAGAAUGGAUUUGGCAUCGAAUCUCGGUGGAAAGAUUCAAAAGGCUGAAGUUCUCUCCGCCGUCGAUAAGUAUGAGAAGUAUCAUGUAUGCUAUGGAGGUCAAGAAGAAGAUAGGAAAGCUAACUAUAGUGAUAUGGUUAAUAAAUACUAUGAUCUUGUGACAAGCUUUUAUGAGUUUGGCUGGGGAGAAUCGUUCCAUUUUGCACCAAGAUGGAUAGGGGAAUCUCUUAAAGAGAGCAUCAAGCGACAUGAGCACUUCCUUGCAUUACAACUCGGCCUUAAGGCGGGACAGAAGGUUUUGGAUGUUGGGUGUGGUAUUGGGGGACCAUUAAGAGAAAUUUCUCGAUUCAGCUCGACAUCUGUUACAGGGUUGAAUAACAAUGAGUACCAGAUCACAAGAGGAAAGGAACUCAAUCGCAUAAGUGGAGUGGACAAGACUUGCAACUUCAUCAAGGCUGAUUUCAUGAAGAUGCCAUUCGAAGACAACAGUUUUGAUGCAGUGUAUGCUAUUGAAGCCACCUGCCAUGCACCAGAUGCUUAUGGGUGCUACAAAGAGAUUUAUAGAGUGUUAAAGCCUGGCCAGUGUUUUGCUGCUUAUGAAUGGUGCAUGACUGAUUCUUUUGAUCCCAAUAACCCAGAACACCAAAAAAUCAAGGCAGAAAUUGAGAUCGGUGAUGGACUUCCUGACAUUAGAUUGACCACAAAGUGUCUUGAAGCUCUAAAGCAAGCCGGUUUUGAGGUCAUAUGGGAGAAAGAUCUAGCAUUGGACUCUCCUCUUCCUUGGUACUUGCCUUUAGAUACGAGUCACUUCUCACUUAGUAGCUUCCGUCUCACAACUGUUGGCCGACUUUUCACCAAAAAUAUGGUUAAAGCUCUUGAGUUUGUUGGACUGGCUCCAAAGGGGAGUCUAAGGGUUCAAGAUUUCCUAGAGAAGGCUGCAGAGGGUCUAGUUGAAGGUGGAAAGAGAGAGAUUUUCACACCAAUGUACUUCUUUUUGGCGCGGAAGCCUGUUACAGACAGCAACUAAAUUGGUGGAACAAAUAAAUUUGUUGUUGUCAUGAGUUACUGUGAUUAUAAGAGAUAGAAUCAUACUUGGCUUUGGCCUUUCCACCAUGUCUUGCUGUUUUGAGUUGCUUGAUUGUUUAGUUUACCAAAACUUCACUUUGUUUAUUGUUCAAUGAAGCAGUGUGCUUCCUGCAUCAGUGGAUAUUGUAAAACUUGCUUCCUUUUUAAACCAUUAAUGCUGGCCAAAUUAUUGAAAAGUAUAAUCAUGUUCAAUUUUUAUUCUAUUGGACCAGUCAUUAAGUUUAAUCUAUCAUAGUUAAAUCAUGAUUAAACUUGCAA